GCUAACUUCCUGUGUGAGCAUUGUCUUCUGUGCUUCGCAGACUUGUCCACUCUCAAACGUCACCUGGUAUCCGCGCACCAGGCACAUCAUCGACAACAACUGUCCUGCGCACUGGCUCAGUGAGCACGGCCUGGAGAUGGAGACGGUCCUGCACGUAGAUGCUCUCCGGCCAUCCGUCCACCAGUCUCCUGAAGAUGUCUUACCCCACGCCCAGUUCACACUCAAAGGAUCCACGGUGCUUUGUGGCUUGAGCAUCAGGCCUCCCACCCUGCUGACGGCGGUGGACGAGGAAAUGGCUCUCUUCGGCGAAGCCUUGCCGUCUGUGAAGCGUCAAGUGGAGGAGGAGGCACUGGAGUCCUCCAAGAGGGUCAAGGCCCAGGUACCGAAAGGGGGAGGGAAGGGCAGGAACGGCCGGGGCCGGGGAGGUCGCGGGAGAAACGGCGGCUUCGGUGGAAACAACCACCAGGGGUCUCAGGGCCACCCAGUGACAGGGCAAGCUCUUCAGGGCUGCGACGAAGCACUGCUCAAAGCUCUUCUUCAGCUAGCCUUGCGGCACGAGGACCUGUUGCAGAGGCUGAGUCAGGACACCACUCACGUCUGGAUGUUCGAGAACGUCCAAGGACCACAGCAGGUCUUGAGCAUGAUGUACAACGUGACUCAAACGUGGAAGAAGCUACGAGACGAGACUCCCGAGAAGCUCACGCGCAACCUUCGCACUACAGUAAUCCUGGCCCUCUUCCAGGAGUUGUCUCUGCGUCUUGCCAGGGUUCGCGAGGUGCCGGAGGCAAAGGCAGCGGCGGAGAAGAAGGGCUGGCUUCUGGAAGACCAGUGGCUUUACUUGCGGUGGAGUCACGACCAGGGUGCCCUGGUGAAGGACACAGCAGCGGAGCCAGUGUCUCUGGCAGACUUGGAGAGUCAGGUUCAGCGUGCGCUUGUGCUUCUCAAAAGCCCUGGGGUUCUCCACAAGUUCCAGUCCACACGCCCACUGGCAGAGGAGCUGACAGGGAACACACUUUGCUUUCUCAGCGAACUGUCUCUACGAGGCCCAGAAGCCCAAGAACUGUGGAGCCUGAUCAACUCAUGGUAUGGGCUCGCUGCCCUCAACAUGAUUGGUCUUCGAGUUCGGCCGGCCAGAGCACUUCGCUCCAAGCUGGCAGACCAGCUUCAGCAGAGCUUAGGCAGGUGA